CCUCCGCCUCCGCGCCCUGGGUCUCUGCCGCAGCUCCGGCUUGUGUCAGUGCGGUGGUCCUCAUCCAGCUCCCCAUCUCUGCCCCGGGCCUAACCCCGCCCCCAGGCGCUCAUUGGCCUGUACCCCACCCCCAGCCUACGAGGUCCGCUGGGGAGGCGGUGGUCUGUCGCCUCCCUCAGCCCCGGGCCUGGCUGCGCAGCAGAGGCGGCGCCUCUCCCGCAGGACAGAGCGGGCCGCGCGGUGCAGAGCGGACGAAAGCAGACGAGGGGCUCCUGGCUCCCAUCCCCGGAGGUGACUGGCAGGCCACUCUGGACUAGCGUGGUCCCCGUGUGCACAUACGCGUACACGCCGCGGCGCAGGGACACACAGACCCAGCUGCCCGCGGCCACACGCACUCAGAGACCAGGCUCGGCGCGCGCUCCGCGGCUCGCACGCUCCAGCCAGUGCAGCUCCGGGCACGGAUUCGCGGGCUACGCGCCCUCCUGCAUCUUCCGUCCCGGCGCCCUGCAGCCAGCUCGGCUCUGCGGCCAGCAGCCUGUGGACAGCGGCGCCGCUGAUUCUCCACUGCUGGGAGCCGCAGCCCGAGAUAGAGGAUGGGAAGCACCAUGGCCAGAGUCCUGCUCGGCUGCUCCCUGACGGUUCUCCUCCUGCUGCCUGUGGCUAUUGCUAUGCACUCUGAUUGCAUCUUCAAGAAGGAGCAAGCCAUGUGCCUGGAGAAGAUCCAGAGGGCCAAUGACCUGAUGGGCCUAAACGAGUCUUCCCCAGGUUGCCCUGGCAUGUGGGACAAUAUCACAUGUUGGAAGCCUGCUCAAGUCGGUGAGCUGGUUCUUGUGAGCUGCCCUGAGGUCUUCCGGAUCUUCAACCCAGACCAAGUCUGGAUGACAGAAACCAUAGGGGAUUCUGGUUUCGCCGACAGUAAUUCCUUGGAAAUCACAGACAUGGGGGUCGUGGGCCGGAACUGCACGGAGGAUGGCUGGUCAGAGCCCUUCCCCCAUUACUUCGAUGCUUGUGGUUUUGAUGACUAUGAGCCAGAGUCUGGGGAUCAGGAUUAUUACUACCUGUCGGUGAAGGCCCUCUACACAGUCGGCUACAGCACUUCCCUCGUCACCCUCACCACUGCCAUGGUCAUCCUGUGCCGCUUCCGGAAACUGCACUGCACUCGCAACUUCAUCCACAUGAACCUGUUCGUGUCCUUCAUGCUGAGGGCCAUCUCCGUCUUCAUCAAAGACUGGAUUCUGUAUGCCGAGCAGGACAGCAGUCACUGCUUCGUCUCCACUGUGGAAUGCAAAGCUGUCAUGGUUUUCUUCCACUACUGCGUGGUGUCCAACUACUUCUGGCUGUUCAUUGAAGGCCUGUACCUCUUUACACUGCUGGUGGAGACCUUCUUCCCUGAGAGGAGAUACUUCUACUGGUACACCAUCAUUGGCUGGGGGACUCCUACUGUGUGUGUGACCGUGUGGGCUGUGCUGAGGCUGUACUUCGAUGAUGCAGGCUGCUGGGAUAUGAAUGACAGCACAGCUCUGUGGUGGGUGAUCAAAGGCCCCGUGGUUGGCUCUAUAAUGGUUAACUUUGUGCUUUUCAUCGGCAUCAUCAUCAUCCUUGUGCAGAAGCUGCAGUCUCCAGACAUGGGAGGCAAUGAGUCCAGCAUCUACUUCAGCUGCGUGCAGAAAUGCUACUGCAAGCCACAGCAGCGGGCUCAGCAGCACUCUUGCAAGAUGUCAGAACUAUCCGCCAUUACUCUACGGCUGGCUCGCUCCACCUUGCUGCUCAUCCCACUGUUUGGAAUCCACUACACAGUAUUCGCCUUCUCCCCAGAGAAUGUCAGCAAGAGGGAACGACUUGUGUUUGAGCUCGGGCUGGGCUCCUUCCAGGGCUUUGUGGUGGCCGUACUCUACUGCUUCCUGAACGGGGAGGUACAGGCAGAGAUUAAGAGAAAAUGGCGGAGCUGGAAGGUGAACCGUUACUUCACGAUGGACUUCAAGCACCGGCACCCGUCCCUGGCCAGCAGUGGAGUGAAUGGAGGGACCCAACUGUCCAUUCUGAGCAAGAGCAGCUCCCAGCUCCGCAUGUCCAGCCUCCCGGCUGACAACUUGGCCACCUGAGCCCUAUCUCCCUUCCGCACAGGCCGGGGCUGCAGGCCGGCGCCUGCGCAUGUUUGUGCCUCUCCCCUCUCCUUGGGCAGGCCCUGGGUAGGAAGCUGGGCUCCUCCCCAAGGGUGAAGAGAGAGAUAGGGUGUAGGCUGAUAUCGCACCUCUUGUUUGGGUCCCACCUACUGUGGUCCAUUUGAGCCCAAUGUGACAUGUAAAUACACCUCAAAUUUGGAAAGUUGCCCCCUAUCUCCCCCAGUCCAUGCCCUUGCUCACCUCUGCCAGGUUCCAGCUUGACCUACUGUGUCAAGGCCAGCCUCAGUGAUGGCCUGAUCCCGGGUGCAAGGCCUUGUGAGCUGAGGCUGAAACAUGCCUGCUUUGGAGAGGUUGGGGUAGUGCCCACCCCAGAAGUCUUUCACUAAAUUGACUUUGGAUGUGGGCCUUUCUUAGCCUGUACCAAGUCCUGCAGUUGGCCAGGGAUGCAGCUUAGUGGCCAGAGCAUCCUUUGGAGUGGGUCAACCUGAGGCUCUUUUUGCUUACCUGACAUCUAGGUUGUCCAGGUGCUCAGCUCCUGGAUGAUGGGAGGGUUACAGGGCUCUUUCAAAGACUUAAGUUGGGGUGAGGGUCAGGGAAGGUUCUGGUGCUUUUCAUUUGAUGUAAGAGCUGAGAGGCAGAAAUGCAGAUGCAUUUGGGAAGAAGAUGGGAUAGCUGAAGAUCUUAUGUCCUUGACUGUGCCCUGACUGAAGACUUGAUCAUGUGAUAACUUCAUUUCUACCCUCCUUGCCCACAAUGGAUGGUCUGAAGAAGCUGUUCUCCAGCCAUGACACCCACAGAGAGCCCCUAGCUCUCCCCUGUCAAUUUCCCCUGAAGUCAAAGCCAUGUCUAGAAUGAACCAGCCACCUUACAGUGAUAUCAGUGGGUUCUGAAGCAACUUUCAAUGUCCAUGAGCCAAGUCCUGGGUCCAGGGCUCCCCACAGCCCCACCUCUCCUGAUGACAGAGAACUGUAGAUGCUGCCCCCAGCCUGGACUCAAUGACUAAACUCAGUGGUUUAGUGGUCUGCAAGACUUCCUCCAUGUGCCCUUGGCAUUUGAAUCACUGGUGGGCCUCGUAGAGUGUUUGGAGGGGAUGCUGUGUCUGUCAUGCGCAUGAGCAGACGUGACUGAUGGAGGAGUGGUGGCUCUCCCUAGUGCCCAUCCCGGCUCUCCAGCUGUACAUUGCACAGCCAUAACCUACGACUUUAAAACAAGGCCGCAUCCAGAUUUGGGAAGAGAGAAGGGAAAAAAGUAGUGCCACGGGGGCCACGUGGCCCAGCUCUUUCCACGUUGAUGCUUGUUUUUGUCCCUGUCCCUGUGGACUUGUUCAUGACUGUGCUCUGGAUUGCAUGGGGAGGGUGGGAAGCUGCCUUGCUUGCUGUUGUAUUAAGUAGAAGGAGCUCUGGGAGAUUCGAAACAGUGAGCCUGGAAGAGCCGUUAGGCUGGAGAAGGUUCUAGUUGAUAUGGUGUUAGAGACCAGCUCUGCGUUCUUGACCAGUGAAUUCAGUUUUUUGGGUCUUUGGCAAAGCCAGAAGGGGAAAGCACCUCUUUGCUCCUUCCCAGAAACAUUGAGUGGCUUGGACCAGCCACUGGGUGUACAUUGGCCCUUUACCCCACACCUUAUUCCCCCUCCUAUCCCCUCCCCUGUUCUGAGAACCAGGUUAUCAGCCAAACAAGAAUCAGUUGAUCACCUUGCACUUUGGACACUACUAGGGAGCCCAAGCUAUUUAGAAGAAGCCAUGGUUCAGGAUUCCCAUCGGCUCAGACUGAAGGGGUGUGCACGCACGUGUGUGCACGCAUGUGCAUGUGCGUGGUGAGGGGAAUGACGUUCUGUGUAUUUUCCCAUUUGGAUACCACAGUGCAAGUUAGAGUAGAGGGAAGCUCAGGCCAUGGUCAUUUGACUGGGACCUCAGAUAUGACGUGCUAGCCUUCUAGGCCUGGCAGAGACAGGUAGCCUGUGGCACCCUCCAUCCAAGGUGCGGCCCCUGGGCUAUGAACCCCAUCCCAUUCGCUUGUCAUCACCCCCACCCAUGGGUCUGCUUCACUGUGGAAGAAGAAACUGUGACUGUCUAGUUGCAUCACUGCAAAACAGCAAAAAACAGGUCAACCCUGAGCCCUCACUGCUUCCUGAGCCCUGGGCCUGCGUCCUCCUGCAAGUUCCAGUUCCUCUUGCCUGUUUUUCUGUCUGAAGGAUUUCUAUUAUUAUUGUUAUUAUUACUACUAUUUUUGCUAGUCUUGUGAGCAGGUGUAGCUGAAGGAUUCUGCAUGUUCCAGGAGGGGCUGGCUCUCGGGCCACAGGCAGUGAAGGGACAGCGCAAGGCUGGGUAACGCCCCUCCCCUUUGACCCUCUUACAUCUAUAGCGCAAGCAAUAAGACUUACUGAUUUGUGUGUACCCCCCAGUUUACCUCUGGGGUUCUAUCUAAACACCAACCAUCUUCCCUUGGAAUGGGCCCCAGGCAAGGCUUUACAGCCUGGACCCAGAGAAGGGGAAAAAAUGAUUAAGAAAUCCCAUCUGGUGGAUAAAAAGGGCUUCAUGGACUUAGAAAUCUUGAGGCAGGAGCAGAGCGGAUCCAAGGGGCACCCGGUCUGUAGAGGAUCAUUCCUGGGAAGUGGGGUCUUGCUCUAUGAAACCCCGAAGGCCAAAUCUCACAGACCACAUAGUUUAGGGGGUAGGGCAUCCUUGUCUUGUCCUGUUUGCUGUCACAACUGUCCAGCUACAGGGGGAGCAGGAAGGAUCCGAAAAGGGUCUAGUCCUCAUAAAGUGGGAUUCUAGAGCAGGAAUGCUUAGGCUGUCAGCAAGUCAGAGGGCUUUGGAGGUGUUGCAGUUUUGAGACUGGCAUCCACCAAUGCUCAAGAUCUGACUUCCACCUCGGUGUGCAGCGAUGAGGUCCUCCUUGACGGCUCAGGAGCCCUAGUGAGUCCUUUCCUAACCCCAUCUUCCCUGAACUGACUUCUCUGGGGACAGGGAUGGGGAGCUUGAUCAGGGCCCAGUGGUGGAAAUAACCUGGCACCUGCCGCCCAGCACCAGGGCCUCCUCUGUUUGGCCUGUACCCUCUCUUCCUUGGAAGGAAAGCUGUGAGAGACUUUUAAUGCCUUGUGUGCCCUCUGCCCCCUGCAAAGAGAAGGCAGCAAGUACUGUGACCCUGCCAAUUCCACUUGAGCCGACGGAGCCUGGAAGCCAGCUGGAAGAGCCUUGAGCAGGAAGCCUGGGACUUGGGGGUCCUCAGCUUUGCUGAUCACCCGCUGUUUGACCUUGAUUCAUCCUUAUAAGGGGAAACUCAAAGACUAUUAGAGCUGGGAUUGAUUUGGAGAUCUGAAGGGUAAAACCUUCCCCAUGGUCUCCUGAGGAAACAGGUGGGCCAAGCAUGUUUUUGAAUGAGAAUGUAGCCCGACCAGUAUUGCACAGCCCUGCAUGUGAGUCAGAUGUAACACUCCAAGCAGUGGUAGAGUACACUGUCCCUUUUGCAGGAGGGGCUGCACCUGCAGAAAGUCCAGGAGUCCACGAUACAAUACAGGAGAAGCAAUGGAGUUGGCGUGGUAUAAGGAUGCUUGCUAGCAAACUUAGCCCUCUCCAUCUGUUCUGGGAUUCCAUGCUUACUUAGUCUCAACCCCCUAAUCUGCAAUGGUGUGGCCAUGGUUACAUCAUCAUCUGCGCCGCCCCCCCACCCCCAGCUAGGGAUGAAGUGGAAGUGAAGUGCUCCCUGUCAGUUUACAAGCUCUGAAAAAAAACCACAGCUAUGUGCUCAUUCUUAGGGUAAAGACCCCCCAAAAGGUAUCCCUUGCAAUCAGUCUACUGCUUUGAGCCCUCCUGGGUUAACCAUCACCCCGUUUGUAAAACCACCAGCACUGGGGGGGGGGGAGGCCACGGGGCUCUGGUGGACAUUGAAUUCCAGCUUUAUCUUCUUCACGUUGUUCUGUUUGCUUUGAAGGUGAGGCUCGGGAGAGCUCUAGGGGUGCAGCGAGCACCUCUGUGCCAUCUGCCUAGAAAUCCUUCAAGGCUAAGGGAUGUUCCUCAAGUGGGCCAAAUGCCCAUUCUUUCCCCUCUCCUUGAACUCUGGGUCCUGUGGUGUGUCUGUACUCAGCCAUGUGUGUUUUGUCUGCUGUCUGUCUUCUGAGGCUUUGCGUCUGUCAGGGCUGGAGUGGUUCAGCCCUUGGUACUCCAGACGUGGCUCCAGGCCCACUCCUGCGAGCUGGACGCGUCUGGGUUUAAUUUCCCACAAUAAAGAUAAAUCCCACGGACCUCACUGCUACCGCUGCCUCCAUUAACGCUGUGCUCACACCUUAUCUGGGAUUUUAAGGAUGUCAAACUGCUGUAGAUGAUUCAAUAAAUGUCUUAUCAUUUU